CCAGGUAGCCGUGGGCCGCAGCUACUCGGCCUCUCUAGGCCGGCGGGUCCUCCGCUCCAUGGUCCUGUCUGUCAGCGCAGUUUCUGGAGUCCACCGCCGAGGCCCGGCCGCGCUUGGACGCUUCGAUCCUCGAGCCGGUCGCGGGUAGUCCGGCGGCCGCGCGACGAUGGCGUGGCGGCACUGACAGGCGCGGGCGGCUGCCGAGCCCAGCGGGCCGGCAUGGCGGGCCAGUUCCGCAGCUACGUGUGGGACCCGUUGCUGAUCCUGUCGCAGAUCGUGCUCAUGCAGACAGUCUACUAUGGCUCUCUGGGCCUCUGGCUGGCGCUAGUGGACGCGCUGGUGCGCAGCAGCCCGUCCCUGGACCAGAUGUUCGACGCGGAGAUCCUGGGCUUUUCCACCCCUCCAGGCCGGCUCUCAAUGAUGUCCUUUGUCCUCAACGCCCUCACCUGUGCCCUGGGCUUGCUGUACUUCAUCCGGCGAGGGAAGCAGUGCCUGGAUUUCACUGUCACUGUGCAUUUCUUUCACCUCCUGGGCUGCUGGCUCUACAGCUCCCGUUUCCCCUCGGCGCUGACCUGGUGGCUGGUCCAAGCUGUGUGCAUUGCACUCAUGGCCGUCAUCGGGGAGUACCUGUGCAUGCGGACGGAGCUCAAGGAGAUCCCCCUCAGCUCAGCCCCUAAGUCCAAUGUCUGAGUUGGGCCCUUUGGACACUCUGCUGCCACUUGGGCCCCAUCACCUUGGGCUGCUCAGACCUCCAGAUAGGGUCUGGCCCAAGGCUGAGAGGAACCCUGGAAAUGUGAAGUCUGUCGGUGGAGAGAUAGUGAGGUCCUGUCAUAAAGGCAGGUAGCAGCCAUGAUCACAGAUGCAAGAAUGGCCUCUGCCCGCCAAAACCUUGAUCUCUGGAGGCCAGUAAGGGACCUCAUGGAGGUAGUGACAGAUUUGGAACCAUGUCACACGAGCCAUCAUACUGUCACCAGCCUGUUAUUUUAAAAAGAAAACAAAAUCAAGGAUAUCUGAUUGGAACAAACCACUCUUCUCGUCGUCUGUCUUACGCCCUGUGACAGCUGGUACCUUUGCUGUGUUGCCAAACCACAGGGAUUCUGUGUGGAGAAGCAUUUGAUUUCUGGGUCCAUAGCCACAGAAAGAGAUGUAGGUACAAAGUACUAGGCUGCUGACAGAGCAUGGCAGGUGGAGCAGGCAUCAAGCACAAGAAAAAUGCACAGCUGUGUCCUGUUACACACACACACACACACACACACACACGACUGUGUGUAUGAGAGUCCAAGAACCCAUGACUACUUCCUCCUGUACCCUGUAUGGACUCUACCUUGCUGCUGGCUCUGCACAGCAACUCACAGGACACAGAAGAUCCCAGCAUCCCCCCCAGCCUUAGCUUCAUAAUAAAAGCCACUGUCUGCUCUCUAGAGAUGACCAGGCACCCAGCUUGUACUGGACCUCAGUUGUGGCAAGAGUUUGCUUGCUGUCUUGUUUGUAUGCUGCGAUGGGGAGGGUAUACUAACAGUGCUGGCGGCUAAGGCUGGAGCUUUUUUCCGAGUGCUUUUCUCUGUGAGGGCUGGCAGCUGUCCUUCCUAGGUACAUAAAUACUCUAUUUUCCA